AUGGAGACCUUGUUCGAGGACCUCUACACCUUGGAGAGGGACAAGGUCUACCUCGCCACUCACUGUUUGGAACGAACGGCGAAGGUUUGGUGGAAGCGAAUCAAGAGGAACCGAGCUUCCGACCUUCCGCCGUUGACGUGGGAGGAGUUUCGGGGGUUGUUCUAUGUCAACUAUUUCCCCGAUAGUGAGAAGAAGAAGCUUCAAGAGCAGUUUCGAAAGCUGAAGCAAGGUAGCCGCACGGUGGCGGAAUAUGAGCGGGAAGCGUUGUGGGCGGAGCAAGAAAACGCUCACAUCCGGAAGGAGCGAGAAGCGUUCGAGAAUGACGGUGGUAAGAAGCGGGGCCAAAGUAGUUCGGGAGCUCAAGCCAAGUCAAGGAAGCCCCCGAAGUACCCGCGAACGCAAUCCAAGGGCCGCGGACCGCAGUGGUGCACAAUCUGUGGUGGGAACCACGAGCCUAGGACGUGUGAUCAACGGGAAGGGAAGUGCUUCACGUGUGGACAGGCGGGCCAUAUCAGCCGCCACUGUCCAAUGAGGGCUUCGCCUGCCCCUUCGGUCGCGUCGGCUCCGACGACUCCGGCGCACUAUGGAGGAGUCCCACCUGCUGUGUCAUCGGCUGGACGUGCGAUGGUGCCACGCCAACCUGAGGCGACGAGAUCGGCUCCGAGCCGGCGGGUGUUCGCCGCCCAAACUCAAGCCGAGGAACCUGCUGAGGCGGAGGAUCGCCAUGUUCUCGCAGUGCGGUUGGGCGAUUGGAUAAUGCCUAUCCGUAUGUUGGUGUUCAAGAAGUUAAAAGACUUCGACGUCAUUCUAGGGAUGGAUUGGCUCUCGAAGUACUAUGCAACUAUUCACUGCAGAAGUAAAGUGAUUACGUUUCGCGAACCGGGCCAAGAGGAGUUCACCUACCGGGACUGUAGAAGCUCGCGCUUCGCUGCUAUGGUGUCGGCGACGAGGGCGAGGAAGUUGAUUAACAGCGGUUGUACGGCCUACUUGGCGACCGUUGUAGAGGCCGAGAGGACGACUCCGGCACUCGAGGAACUAUCUGUGCCUAUUCGCCUAGGCGCACCGUUUAACUUGUACAUGGAUCUGGGUGUUUUAGUCCUUGGACGGGCAGAGAGGCUGGUCGUGUCGGUAAGCGGUCGCGUGCCGGUGCGCGCCCGGGGGACUGUGGGCCAAAUUGUAGUGAUUUCGGGGCGGGGCGUCCAGAUGGAUUAA